GUUCCCUGCACCACAUGGCAGACGAAGAAAGGGAUUGCUGGCUUGACCAACGAUUCCGGAAGCGCGUUUUUAGGGGCUUUCGCAUCUCAGCUGGUAGGUGCUUCAUCAUCUUCCAAACCUAGUCCAUCCUGUGGCGAGCCAUUCAGUGUAGCUUUUCUUGCGC